UAUGGCGGUAUUUGUUUGUACGUGUCAAUGAUGUCACCGGGUCUGUAACCUCUGUAGCUCUGUAGGUAGCUAACUAUUUAUCGUCUGUUUUGAUUUAUAUGGCCAUAGUAUUGUGAAUGAAUACGCAAAUUUAUGAAAAGAUAUUGUGAUUCGACCUGUCAGAAGUUCAUUGAUGGUUCUGUAUAACGGCAAGUGCGCUGUAGUUGUGUGUAAAGGUUAUGCGUCAAGUACAUGUGGCAGGUGGUUCGGUAGUGAUGAUGUCAUUCUGUAUUUGGUAAAAGUACGAUAUCCGGUAUCUAUGUGGCAAAAGGUAUUGAUUUUGAUAGCAACAGUGCAUGCAGAAUCCUAAAAGUUUUGGGUAAAUAGAAUUGUUAGCAGUGAAUGCAGAGAGAAAAUUCUGAACAAUGGAUUUAGAAAAGAAGAAGACACUGAUGAAAUAUACGAGUCUUGUAACAUUAACACUGCAAAAUGCUAUAUUAGGAUUAAGUAUGAGAUACGCUCGUACGCGGUCUGGUGACAUGUUCCUCUCUUCGACUGCAGUUGUGAUGUCAGAAGUAGUGAAGCUCCUGACUUGUCUUGUGUUUGUGUAUCAUGAAGAAGGUACUAUUGACAGGGCAUUAGCAGCUCUCCAUAACACCAUUAUAAAACAGCCAAUGGACACACUGAAAGUUUGUGUUCCCUCUUUUGUGUAUAUAGUUCAGAAUAACUUGUUGUACGUCUCAGCUUCUCAUUUGGAUGCAGCCACAUAUCAAGUGACUUAUCAGUUAAAAAUUCUCACAACAGCCAUGUUUACUGUGCUGAUUCUACGCAGGAGUCUCUUUCCUCUUCAGUGGGGAGCACUGGCAAUUCUUUUGACAGGUGUUGUGAUGGUACAAUUAGCCCAUACAGACACACCAUACUUGCCUUCUGGUGUGGAACAGAAUCGAUUGCUAGGAUUUGGUGCUGCUCUUUCUGCUUGUGUUCUGUCAGGUUUUGCUGGGAUAUACUUUGAGAAACUGCUCAAAGGCUCAGACAUUUCAGUGUGGAUGAGGAAUGUGCAGCUGAGUUUCUUGUCACUCCCGUUUGGGCUCUUUACUUGCCUAAUGUAUGAUGGAACUACUGUUCGCAAUAAUGGAUUCUUUUUUGGUUAUGAUUUCUUUGUGUGGUAUCUUGUCAUCUUACAGGCUGGAGGAGGACUAGUGGUUGCAAUGGUUGUGAAGUAUGCUGACAAUAUUCUGAAGGGCUUUGCCACAUCACUGGCUAUUGUAAUCUCAUGUGUUGCAUCUAUAUAUUUGUUUGAUUUUCAUGUCACACUUCAGUUUGUGUUAGGUGCAUCUCUUGUUAUAUGUUCAAUUUUCAUGUACAAUCACAAACCAGCAACACGAGAAAGUCAGGGUACACAAAAUUUGAAAGUGUGACAUACAGCUCCUGUAUGUCUCCUGCAGUGACAUACAGCUCCUGUAUGUCUCCUGCAGUGACAUAAAAUGAAUGUGCAAGUGCAUGAACAUUUAAUAUAUAAAAAGAAUGAAUGAAAUCUGCCUCUUACAGUGAAA